AUGGCGGGCGGCUCCAAGAAACCCAUCAACAUCUUCCGCCUGGGGAACCUCGAUGACCCCAAGCAGGUCUUCAACUGGCGCCUCUGGUUUGCCGUCGUCUCCUUCGGGCUGAUGGGCGCUGCCCGGGGUGUCGACGAGGGCUUGAUCUCGGGCGCCUUCAACAGCAAGGACUUUCAACGCACGAUCCACUUUGACUCCUACAGCGAGGUCGAACAGACCAACAUCAAGGCGAAUGUGUCGGCGAUGGUGCAGAUCGGCUCGGUGGGCGGUGCUCUCUUCGCAUUCCUCGUCUGCGAUCGCAUCGGACGGCUCUGGGCCACGCGCCAGCUCUGCGCGCUGUGGAUUGUGGGUAUCGCCAUCUUCAUGGGCGCCAACGGCAACCUCGGGGCUAUCUACGCUGGUCGUUUCGUCGCCGGUCUGGGGGUAGGCCAGACGGUCGUUGUCGGGCCCGUCUAUCUUGCUGAGAUUGCCCCUGCAUCCGUCCGCGGCCUGUGUACCUGUGUCUUCACCGGCUUCGUCUACCUAGGCAUCGUCCUGGCAUACUUCACCAACUACGGCUGCCAAGUCAACCUGGGUGACAACACGCACAAGCGCUGGGUACGUCCCCCUACCUCCCAAACCAUGUCUCCAGCACAUCUAACACAUCUACCCCCACAGGAAGUCCCAACGAGUCUGCAUAUCAUCUUCGCGGGACUCAUCGCCCUCCUCUCCCUUCUCCAAUACGAGUCCCCCCGCUUCCUCAUCAAAAAGGGCAAAUACGAGCACGCGCUGAAGAACCUGGCGCACCUGCGGCACCUCCCCGAGGACCACGAGUACGUCGUGCGCGAGAUCCAAGGCAUCCAGGCGUCGCACGACGCCGAGAUGGAGGCGACGAUGGGCGCCGGCCCGGUGGGCAUCAUCAAGGAGGCGUUCCUGGUGCCCAGCAACCUGUACCGGCUGUACCUGGCGGGGAUGGCGCAGCUGAUGUCGCAGUGGUCAGGCGCGGGGUCCAUCACGCUGUACGCGCCGGACCUGUUCAAACUGCUGGGCAUCACCGGCUCGAACGAGUCCCUCCUGGUAACAGCCGUCUUUGGUAUCGUAAAGCUCGUCGCGGCGAUCGUCUGCGCGCUCUUCCUGGUCGACGUGAUCGGGCGCAAACGCGCGCUGCUCAUCGGGAUCACGCUGCAGGCCAUCUCGAUGGUCUACGUGGCGGGCUUCCUCACCGCCGUGCCGGAGAUGGGCGUGGACGACUCGUUCCAGCUGCCGGCGAACAAGCUGGGGGCGAGCCGCGGCGCCAUCGCGAUGAUCUACAUCUCGGGAAUGGGCUGGGCGCUGGGGUGGAACUCGAUGCAGUACCUGCUGACGGCGGAGCUGUUCCCGCUGCGGAUCCGGGCGCUGGCAACGUCGAUGGCGAUGACGCUGCACUUUGUCAACCAGUACGGCAACUCGCGCGCGGUGCCGAAUAUGCUCCUGUCGACUGCGGACGGCGGCAUCACGCCCAAGGGCACGUUCUGGUUCUUCGCGGCGGUCACCAUCCUCGGCGGGCUGUGGGUGCUGGUUACGGUGCCGGAGACCGCGGGCCGGUCGCUCGAGAGCAUGGAUCGGCUGUUUGAGCUGCCGUGGUAUAAGAUUGGGUUGUAUGGGAAUAAGGAUGCCGAGCAGCGCGAUCUUAUCUCGGAGAGUAAGCUCCAGGAGCGCGAGUUGGAGGCUGGGGUUGGGCAGAAGACUUGA